AUGGCAACUAAGUUUAUGUGUAUGGCUUUGGUACUGAUGCUGAUCUGUAUCAUAAUAAGUCCUACAGACGGGCAUAGUUCAAGGUCGUUAAGUCGAUCAGCCAGUGAAUCAUCAGAAACGGACAAAUCGAUCGGGCGUAGUUCAAGAUCGUUAAGUCGAUCAGCUAGUGAAUCAUCUGGAUCGGACGAAUCGAUUGGGCGUAGUUCAAGGUCGUUAAGUCGAUCAGCUAGUGAAUCAUCUGGAUCGGACGAAUCGAUCUGGCGUAGUUUAAGGUCGUUAAGUCGAUCAGCAAGUGAAUCAUCUGAAACGGACGAAUCGAUCGGACGCAGUUCAAGGCCGUUAAGUCGAUCAGCUAGUGAAUCAUCUGAAACGGACGAAUCGAUCAGGGAAUUGAGUGAUAAUA